GUGGGAGGAGCCUCCAGCGGAAGCCGCCCGUGUGAGCCUCCGGGAGCGGAGAGUGCCCAGUCCCCACGCGAGCAGCCAUGGAGAAGGCCAAGCGCCAGGGAAGGCCCGCUGCCGCUUCCACCAAGGCCGACACCUCCACGGCGCAGAGCAACCCCUUCGAGGUGAAGGUGAACAAACAGAAGUUCCAGAUCCUGGGCCGGAAGACCAGGCACGACGUGGGUCGGCCGGGGGUCAUGCGCUCCCGGGCCCACAAGAAGCGUACUCAGACUUUGCUGAAAGAAUUCAAAGAGAGGGGAAAAUCAAAUGUAUUUAAAGAUAAACGUAUUGGUGAAUAUGAUAACAAAAUAAGUCCAGAGGAAAAAAUGAUGAAGCGAUUUGCUUUGGAGCAACAGAAAAAAUUUGAAAAGGAACACAUAUUUAAUCUAAAUGAAGAGGAAGACUUAACACAUUAUGGUCACUCUCUAGCAGACAUUGAAAAACUUGAUGAUAUUGUUGAUAGUGACAGCGAUACUGAAGAAAAAGGCAUGCUAUCAGAGGAAUUAACAGCUGCUCACUUUGGAGGAGGUGGGCUCCUUCGUAAGAAAUCACUCACAGGGCAGCAAGAUGAAGCAAGCGGACAAACUAAGUCACGGAAGGAGCUCAUUGAAGAAUUAAUAGCAAAAUCCAAGCAAGAGAAGAGAGAGAGACAAACUCAGAGGGAAAAUACACAGGAACUUACAGAAAAACUGAACAGUGACUGGAAGGAAAUUCAAAGCUUUCUUUUGCACAGAACUUCCAGGUCGGAAACAGAAAAACAAGUUGAGGAGAAACCCAAGCCUGAUGAAUAUGAUAUCAUGGUUAGAGAGCUUGGGUUUGAGAUGAAAGUGCAACCCUCUAAUAGAAUGAAAACUGAAGAAGAGGUGGCAAAAGAAGAAAAAGAGAGACUCCUAAAAUUGGAGGCUGACAGGUUACGCCGAAUGCGUGGAGAAGAUGAACCAGAGACAAAGAAGACUCCCAAGCACAUGUCAGCUGAUGAUCUUGCAGAUGGAUUCUUGCUGGAUAAGGAUGAUAGACAUUUCCUCUCUUACAAAGAUGGCAAACCAAAUAUUGAAGAUAAUGAAAAUGAAAUGAAUGAAAAAGAGGGAGAAGAAAGUGAAGAAGAAUCUGAUGUUGAACCCGAAUCUGUUGACAGUUAUUCUGAUUGUGAAGAUGAUAUGGAGGAAGCCCAUAUAAGUGAAGCACAGGAAAGGCAAAUUAAGUGUAACAAAAAUAAAUUGCAAACUAAGGCACAAAGUUCUAUCAAGGAAGCUGCCAAGCUGGAAUUGCCAUAUUUGUUUGAUGCUCCAGAUUCUUUUGAACAAUUUAAGGCUUUGUUGUCAGAAAAACCAAUAGAAGAACAGCUACUUGUGAUAGAAAGAAUUCAGAAGUCAAAUCAUCCAAGCCUUGCAGUGGGAAACAAAGCAAAGCUAGAAAAACUGUUUGCAUUCCUUCUGGAGUACGUUGGGGAACUGGCAUGUAUGGAGCCACCUGAACUGAAAGCAAUUGACAGCCUUGUCCCGACCUUGUAUAAUCUUUGUCAGAUGUUCCCUAAAGCUGCAAGUAAUCAUGUUAAGUUUAUUCUUCAAGAUGCUGUUCAUGACUUGGAAAAAAUCCAAGAAGUUAAAAGCUGCAUGCCCUUUCCAGGGUUAAAAAUGUUCAUAUAUUUGAAAAUUAUUGCUGCACUUUUUCCAACCUCUGAUUUUUGGCACCCGGUCGUAACACCAUCAGUGGUAUAUAUGAGCUUGCUACUUACCAAGUGCCCGGUAACAACAUUACAAGAUGUUGUCAAGGGAUUGUGCAUUUGCUGCCUCUUCUUGGAAUAUGUAUCCUUGUCUCAAAGAUUUGUUCCAGAACUUAUCAAUUUUCUUUCGGGAAUUCUUCACAUGGCUGUACCCAACAGAAAGGAACAAGGCUAUACUUUGAUAUAUCCUUUUGGGUCAUUAAAGAACCAGUUAGACCUACUUGUGGUCUCUGAAAAAGCAGACAGUGAAACUUGGCAAAAACAGAGUUUUCCACUUCAUAUGAUAAGUCGAUUAAAAGAAAAAAGCAGAACAGAAAUGAAUCAUCUUCGGUUAUCAUGCCUAGGUCUGUGCCUGGAUCUGAUAAAGAGAUGUGCAGCUAUGUAUGGAUCACUCCCAUCUUUCCGUGAAAUAGUGCAGCCCAUUGAAAUACUGCUCAGUUCCCAUAUGCCAGUGAAGCAAUAUCCUAAACUACUGCAGGAAUUGUGUGAUGAUGUUCUGAAGCAGCUGAAAGUCAAAGGGCAAUAUUGCCCAUUAGUGUGUGAAAAGAAAAAGCCAGUGCCUUUGAAGCUGUUUACACCUAAAAUAGUGAAAGUCCUUGAAUUUGGAAGAAAGCAAGAAAGCAAUAAGAAAGAGCAGGAAAGAAAACGUCUAAUUCAUAAGCACAAACGUGAACUUAAAGGAGCUGUUCAUGAGAUCCGCAAAGAUAACCAGUUCCUUGCUAGAAUGCAGCUUGCUGAAAUCAUGGAAAGGGAUUCUGAAAGAAAAAGAAAAGUGAAACAACUCUUCAGUAGCCUUGCUCAGCAAGAAGGAGAUUGGAAGGCAAUGAAGAGAAAGAAGUUUUAAAUAUCUGCAUGCAUAUUGUACAGAAAAAACCCAAGGAUAUUUAUAUUUCUAGGAUAGCUCAGAAUAUUGUGAUAAGUUAACCUGGUUUGGAAAAUAAACAAACUGAUGUAA